CCUACCUGAAGCUAAGGUUAUCAGGGCUUGUAGAUGGUGAAAUCGUGGAUUAAAUGGGUAAAUGGUUUAGGGCUUUGGUAGGGAUUGUUUAUGGACGGCAUUCUUGUCGUUAGGGAUGAUUCCGGUGGAGUUUACAAAGUGAAAACGUACCUAAAUGGGUGAUAAUUGAAUGUCCGCUAUAUGCCCCGUGGAACCCUCUACCAUCAUUUACACAAAGCAGAGACUCCUUUAAAUUGGGUGCAACGACUGAAGAUAGCCAUUGGUGCUGGCCGUGGAUUGGAUUACCUUCACACUGGUGUUGGUACCCAACACGGAGUGAUACAUCGUGAUGUGAAGAGCUCGAACAUUCUUUUGAAUGAGAACUGGGAUGCUAUGAUAUCAGAUUUUGGGUUGUCCAAAAUUGGCCCAACCAAUCAAUCAUCAUCUUAUGUUGAUGCAAGUGUUAAAGGCACAUUCGGGUAUCUGGAUCCAGAAUAUUUCUAUACCAGAAAGCUGACAAGAAAAACAGAUGUGUAUGCAUUUGGGGUUGUAUUGUUUGAAUUGCUAUCAGGGAGGCUUGCAGUCGAUGAACGCAACAGUGAGGACCAAUGUAGCUUGGUAAGAUGGGCUCAAAAGUGUGUGAAAGAACGGAAAUUAGAUCAAAUGGUUGAUCCUAAUAUCAAGGGAACAAUUUUUCCCAAAUGUUUAAAACGGUUUGCACAAAUUGCGUACCGUUGUUUGCUUAGUGUUCUAAAGGAACGUCCAACCAUCGCUGAGGCUGUGGUCUCACUUCAGGCUUUACUUGAACUACAACAGAGACAUGAAAAUUCAGCUGAACCAUCAGGCAUAACUGGAUUCACUUGGAAGAUUCAUAAGUAUCUUGUUUUGGCAACUAAACAGAACUCUGACCAAAGUGGCACAAGUUCAUCAAAGAGCCAUAUAAACAUGAAUCGGGGCUCUUCAACUAACAAGGAUGGCAACAAUCAAGGUAAAAUGCAUCGUCAGCCUUGGGAAUCAUUGGUUACAGAUCUUAAAUGUUUCACGUAUUAUGACCUGAUGCGUGCUACUGAGAACUUGGGAGAUGACAAGAGGUAUCUGAAGGUUUACAAAGGUUGGAUCGAUAAAACAACAUAUUCCCCCACAGAAGAUAAUACCGGAUUGGCAAUUGCUGUUAAGAGAAUUGACUUCUACACAACUGCACGCUGGUUGCAUUUGAAAGAAUUUAAGCACCCCAACCUUGAAAAGCUCAUAGGAUAUUGCUUCGAAGACCAACUACGCAAACAAUUGUUCCUUGUGUAUGAAUUCAUGCCUAACGGAAACUUUAAUAAUCUCCUGAAUAGUGGUGUGGUAUCACGACUUCCGUUGGUUAUAAAGGUGAAAAUAGCAGUAGGAAUUGCCCGAGGUCUUGUUUUCUUGCACAAGACACAAUAUCAAUUUAAUGUCUUUGAGUAUCGGCUUGACAGACACAUGAUAUUACUGGAUCAGGAUUUUACAGCAAAGCUUUCAGGUUAUGACGUUACUAAGUUAGCACGUGGUCGCUAUCCUCGAAGUAUCAAUCCUCCUGAAGAUCUAGUGUAUGCUCCUUGGGUUGAGCUCUCUCAACUACAAAGCAAUCUCUCGGGUUUUACAGUGGUAUUUGCAGAGUUGCUAACAGGGAAACGAAUAUAUGAUGAUGAUGAAUUCCAAAAGAUUGAUGAUUUACUUAUGCAACAUGGAAAAACCUCCUUGGUUGAUGUUGCCCAAUCAUGUUUCAGAAUCUGCAAUGAGGUACAUUCAGAAUCGAAGAUGCUAAGAAUCUUGAAAGAGUAUGAGCACUGUAUUCCACUUUGUCGGAGUGAGGAAUUCGCAACAGCAGCUACUGAGAGCUAUAUACCAUAAACAACUUGUAGUUGAAACGAUAUUAUUUGCCUACAUUGUUGCAUGAAUAUAUGUAUUGCAUACAUGAUGCAAACUAGUUCAGUGGACCAUCCAAAUAUGAGAACAAGCUUUUUGCUUGAAAAGUUUAUAAUUCAUGCUUACAUUAUUUGGCUACAUCGAGUAACUGUGUUGGAGAGAAGGAAGAUAUGAUCCAUGAUCGACUUUGUAGAUUGGUUUGGAUCAACAGAUGCAAAUUAAAACAAAUAAAAUUCUCAGCCGAUCUGCUUCAUUCGAGAACUUAGGGUAGUUCCUUCUAGAAGAAAGAGAUUCUAUCAAGUGAGACAUGUUUUACAGAUUGUUUGAUUGGGUGUUCCCAUAGCCGCUUUGGUCAGUGCUGCAGGACCUCUAGAGCACGGAGUAAUCAAGACUUUGCAGAAAGAUCUGCAGUUCCCUUUUACAACAUACAAGGAAAGGGGGAUUUUUUAUUCUUCUCGGCCUUAUGUUAUACUUUUGUCAGUUUUGUAACAGAAUACCUUUAGAAACAGACCGAUUAGUGGAGAAGUUGGUCAUAUUUACUUCGACUUAAGACCAAUAUAUGGAAUUCGAAAAAGAAAAAAUAUGUAUAAAAGAAGGAAAAAAUAUGUGCAAAAGUGAAAUAUGUGAGAAAACAAGAUCAAGUUGGUCCUUUUAUGAGUGGAACAGUUUAUUGGUCACAGCUUGAAAGACUAAAGAUAUUGUUGGAUGAGGAUUUUACAGCAAAGCUUUCAGGUUAUGAUAUAACUAACUUAAUACAUGGUACAUAUCUUGCAAAAACUCGGUGUCCUCAUAAUCUUGACAUUGGCGACUUAUCCUGGGUGUGAUCACAUUCUCAGAGCCCUUGAAACUACAGAGCGAUCUCACGGGUCUUGAAGUGGUAUUUGCGGAGUUGCUAACAGGGAAAAGAUACCUAAUCAAAUUGAAUUCCAAGAGAUUUGUUACCAAUGGUUUAAGCAACAUGGAAAACGGUCUGUGGUUGAUAUUGUAAACAAAUGUUUUCAAAUCUGCAAUGAGGUGGAUUCAGAAUCAAGGAUGCUAAGAAUCUUGGAGAAGAAUGCUAAACGGGGCCAGUCCAAAUAUAUUUUCAGCAGGGAGUGAAAAAAAAAAACCCCAUCAAUUCAUCAAAGAUGUAACUAAUAAAAACCACUAAAUUAUUGUAGUGUUUAUUCAAAUUAUCAUCAUGAUAUGUCAAAUUAAUAUCAUGAUCAUUCAAACUAUGAUCAUGCUCAUCCAUUGUUAUCAUCAAGUGUAAAACCCCAACACUAAAAUUACCAUAAAGCCAAACAUGCUACAUGCAUAUUCAAAAUUAUA